AUGUCAAAGUAUCGUUUGAUGUACUUUGCGAUCAGAGCAAGAGCUGAACCGGCUCGUCUCCUUUUUGCGCUUUCCGGUCAACCCUAUGAGGAUCAUCGACUCAGCCGAGAUGAAUGGAAAACAAUAAAGAACACGACUCCUUUCGGUCAAGUGCCAAUCUUGUUUGUUGAUGGAAAACCCUUGGCUCAAUCUCGAGCUAUCUACCGUUAUUUGGGAAAGAAAUUCGGUUAUGGAGGGGAGAAUGAUUGGGAUGCGGCUCAAAUCGAUGCAUUGGCUGAUCAAAUCGAGGAUUAUCGAAAUCAGAUCCGACCUUUCUUCCCAAUUGCCAAUGGGGUGAUUCAAGGAGAUUUGAAUAAAUACUACACUGAGAAUGUUAUCCCAGCCACGGAUUCGUUUUUGCCAAUCGUGGAAAACAAAUAUCUCAAUGUGAACAAAUCGGGACUUCUGGUUGGCAAUAAAGUAUCUUGGGUGGAUUUAUUCUUGGCAGAAGUGGUCGAAACAUUUUCUCAAUACAACAAGAGUUAUACUGAAAAGUAUUCAAAGGUAAGUGAACACAAGCAGCGAGUUUAUUCAUUGCCGGGAAUCAAAGAAUGGGUGGAGAAACGUCCAACAAAAAUACGGAUGAAUGAAAUAACAGACACGAAGACGGUGGUUCAACGACGUUUGCUCACAAUCGUUCAGGACGAGUUGGUGACUACGAAUCAAACAUUCGCUCGGAUUCUUGACCGAAACUUCUUGAAGUAUGCUAUUGAGAAAAUUACGAGGCGAAACAAAUCAUCCUGGAAAAACAUCAUCGAAAAAGUCGCUGGUUUUCAGGAAAAGCUCAAUCACUUGGCUAUCGAAUGCCACAAAAUCGACUCAAAAUUUAAAAGUGCGCCGUAUCCUAUGAAAAGAUUUGAAGCAGCUUUAUCCGAAAUCCGACGGAAAAUAGCAUUCAUUCGAAUGGAAUCUUUUCAAUUACCUGUGGAGUUGACUCGAGAAUUUCCUUGGGAAAAUGUGAUGACCUCUGACAACGGCUUCGCAACGGAAAUCAGCCCAUCGAUAAACGCAUCGGCUGUAUCUAGACGCUUCGAAACCACUUUGUUAUCUCCUCGGAUGAUAUCCUUGCGACAAAGCAUUUCAAGCUCUACUCCUUUAGCAACUCCGAGCAAAAAAAAGCCUACUUUUAUACAGCGCUCACCCUUAUUCCAAGCAAUUUCAGCUCAAAAGCAAUCCCCAAACAUGAAGACAAAGAUUGAGCCACUGAUCUUUGAUGAUUUCGUUUUGGAGUCGCCAGUCAAGAUACGCAAACUUUCAACGCACUUAGAAGAAGAGCCAAAUUUCUGUGCGAAGCCUCUGGGAAAUUUACGUGAAACAAGUGUUGUUUUCUACAAAAAUGAGGAAUUAGAAGAAACAGUCGAACUUCAAAAAAAUUCUAUUCAGAACCUCGACGAUGAAUGUAUGAAAGCAGACUCGAUGAACGAAACGGAUGACAGUAUGGACGAUAUCCUUGGAAUCAAACAAAUAAUCAUAAAAAACCCGCCGAAACCACCAAGACUAAUUCGACCAAAACUUGACCAAGUAACGGAAGAACUUGAAGAAGAUGACAACAAUAGCACUGUCGGGGAAACAAUAAACGAAUCAGCAAUUCAUCUGAAUAAUACAAGAUUUACUGAAGAAACGAGACAAUUUGUGGAAUUGGUUUAUGAAGCUGCCCUUGAUGAAGCGAAACGAUCCAUGUUCCGAGCAUUGAAUUUUGAGCGACUUUCAUUUGUGGUUAAAAGGGCAUUACUGAUCUUUACGCCACAUAGUCCAGAAGUCAAAUAUCGGACACGUAAAUACGAUUUGGGGUCAGUUGAGGGGAAGAUUGCAUUGCCGAGUGGACUGAAACCGGAGGAAAAACUAGCGCACAUGAUGCGGCGAGCAGAGUCGGGCCUAUUUGCCCCAUAUCGGUCGAUGGGCCUCGUUUGCAACGAAGUGAAACCGUCCUUCCGCAAGCAACCGGGCACACGACGCUUCACUUCGCUUGUUUGUGCCGUCGAUAAUGUGGUUCUUCACUAUCGCGCGGAGAAACUUCGAUUGGCAGCUAUUUCCGAUACAUUUCCGGAGAAAGUUACGCAUGUGAUGUGCAACCAAGAUGGGAUUUAUGGAGUUGCCGGGACGCGAAUUGGAGUGAUUCCCUUCUGUCGUGACAUUACGAGAUGGAUUGAAAUUGGAAGCCGACCAAAACAUUGUCUACUUUUUGGUUCACAAAUUGUUGUGAUUGAUGAACACAACAGUAUUAUUGUUGUUGAUGUGGAAGACGGGACAAAGCAGUUACAUCUGGAAGGUUCGCAUCAUUUCAAUGUUACGGGGAUUGUUCAUCCUCCUACUUACAUGAACAAGAUUUUGCUUGGCGGCGAUAAUGGGAAAUUACGAUUGUAUAAUAUUCGCACUGGAAAAUUGAUUCACGAAUUCCAAAGCAAAUUUGAUGCUCCCAUAACAGUACUUGAGACGACCCCUGCAUUGGACGUGAUUUCUGUUGGACUUGCAAACGGAAGAAUUGUGCUACAUGAUAUUAAACAAGACGAAACAAUCUGCAGUUUUAAGCAUGACCAUUCCAUUACAGCCAUUGGCUUCAGAAACGACGAUUCACAUUUGAUGACUUCUGCGGACACUGAAGGAUUAAUUGCUAUUUGGAAUCUUGAAAAAAGAGAAUUGGUUGGUCGGAUCGCUAAUGUUCACAAAGGUGCAGUCACUUCACUCUACUUCAUGCCUGCAGAGCCAAUCAUGGUUUCAACGUCAAGCGAUAAUUCGAUGAGAACCUGGGUUUUGGAUCAGAUGGAUGGAAUGCCACGUCAACUUGUCAUCAAUGAAGGCCAUUCGCUGCCUGUGAAAACUGUGAUUUUCAGUAGUAAUCACGAAGUCGUGUCAGCAGGACUUGAUGGCUCUGUUCGUAAAUAUUCCGUGAUGAAUGCAGUAACUCGCCAGAAGUUAGGAAACGCUGGUACCAUUUCAAGGGCUAAAGCCAAGAAGAAGGGACUUGAUUUGGAUAGUAUUCGAUUGGAACCGGUCAUUGAGAUUGCGAUUGGAUGGAGCCGUGAGGCACAGUGGGAUAACGUUCUUUGCCGACAUCAAAAUACGCUACUUGUCACGACAUGGACUACCCGAAAGCAAAGCCAAGGAACGCACAAGCUCGCACAUGGCCGCUUUUUUGAGAAGGAUUAUUUACUCGAUACCAUUGCUACAUCCAUUGCGAUUUCUCCAUGUGGAAACUUUGCUUUCAUCGGAUAUUCUUCGGGCCAUUUGGAUCAAUUCAACAUUCAAUCAGCUCGCCAUAUUCGGACAUUUAUUCAGGCCGAGCUAAAGAUCGAGAAUGACGAAAACAUCAACAAAAACGAGGACUGCACUAUCGAUCUUGCUCAUACAUCAUCAGUCAACGGUCUUGCAAUAGACUCACUUGGCCACGAGCUUAUAAGUGGCGGAGCUGAUGGGACUUUAAGUUUCUGGGACCUCAGGACAGGUCGAAUGAAGACUCGUAUGAAGGCUAAAGGAUCUAUCACAAAGAUGGUGCUCUCAAUGUCAUUUUCCGCAAAUGGUAAAUGGUUGCUUACUGGAGACAGAGAUAAUUAUAUUCGGGUUUGGGAGCUUGUAACUUCCUCCUUGAUUGAUGUUCUUCUUUAUGGAGCACCAUGCACAGGAAUAUCCUUCAAUGAAACUGGAGAAUUUUUGGCAACUUGUCAUCAAGGAGAACAGGCAAUAUAUGUGUGGGCUAGCAAAUUACACUUCGUUGGUCGAGUACCAAUUUGCGCUUUGCCUAUUGACUACAAGCCCGUUUGGGGUCAAGAUAGAAGUAAGAGCCUCGAAAAUGCUAAUGGAUCGACUCUGGAUUUGGAGGCGCUUAACAGAGCUUUUGAACAGCUUGAUACUUCUUUGGUUACUUAUUCGGGCUUGGCUCCAUCACGAUGGGCUAAUUUACCGGAUCUAUCGAUUAUUCGAGAGCGGAACAAACCAAUCGAGCCGCCGAAGAAACCCAAACAAGCUCCAUUCUUUCUUUCUUCAACUCAAACACUUGAAGGCUUCGAAUUUGAAAAAAUGGAUUACGAAACGAUGGAAAAAGAGGAGCGAAAGAUAUUGGAAGCAAAACGAAAUUUGUUGGAUCUAGAGAGCGCUUUUUCAGCAUCGUUGAGAAGAGCCAACACUACCGAGGCCUUACGUUCAUGUUUUGAACACUUAACACAGAUGAGUGUAUCGGCAAUAGAUUUUCAGAUUCGAACGCUAUCUCCUGAGAUAUUGCCGCAGUUCACGAAGAUGUUGUUAGAGACGCGUAAAAAUUUCGAUCUCGUGCAAGCAUACCUGGCUUCUGCUAUGAAAAUCCAUAGAUCUGUGUUUUGGAAAAAGGAUGAUGAAAGUCCUGAGAUGACCGAAAUACUGGAGGAAUUAAGUCGAACGCAGGAUGAGGCUUGGGCUGAACUGGAUCAACUUAUGGAGGAGGACUUUGAGGAGGCGUGGAAGAUGUUAAAACUGAUGGAGAGUGAUGGAGUUGUGGUCAAGGAUUUGCAGGGCACGGAGACUAACGAGCCGUACGACUUCAACGAGCUCAUCGAAAAAGCCAACGAGUACUCCAACAAAGAUCCACCAGACGUCGUCGAAUUUUCGGAGAAGGCUUGGGGAGCAGCAAGUUGGAAAUGCGUGGGCCGAGGUCAAAAACUCGCGCUCGAGAUUCUA